AUGGUCAGUCUACUAGCCUCGUUGCGGGCUGCGCGGUGGUGGCGACCGCGGUUGCUGCUGUGCACUUUCGCCACUUCGACCGCGAUCCUGGUCGUCAACGCGCUCUCGGCCCUCGAUCGACCCCGCUCCGGCUUCUUGGAGAACGUGUUGGAAUCAAAAGACGUCGACCAAAAGUAUUGCAAGGUAGGCUGCGUGUUAUGCUCUUAGAUCCCCCCGCUCGCCCACCUCUCAAGCGCUGACACGCACACACACGCGCCGCGUCGCGCCUCGCUUCCUCUCGCAGCCUUCUGGCUUGAUCGACGAUGCAUGCUGUGAUUUCGAAACGGUCGAAUCCGUCAACGACGACCUGUACAGCAGUCUGCACGAUAUCGUAUCCACACCUUAUUUCCGCUACCACAAGGUACGUUCCCAGCUCCUGCUCUGAUUAGUCAGCUCGUCCCUCGUUCGAGACGAUCGCUGACCCCCCCCCCCCCCAUAUGAACUCUCUCCCCUAUUCCCAUCGUCGAUCAUCGUCCGUCCUGGCAACGACGAUAGGUCGAUCUUUAUCGGGAAUGCCCGUUUUGGCAAGAGGAUGGCAGUUGUAUGAACAGAGCCUGCGGUGUAGAGACAACAGACGAGGUACGUGGCAUCCCAUCCCACCCGUGGAACGACCAAGCCACGUGACCGUCGCAUCCCCGUUGUCGUGGCCGACCCCUCGGCUCGGAACUUUUUCAAACAAGCUGAGCAUUCUCUGCAGCCCAACAUUCCAGAAAAGUGGAAACCAUCCAAACUCGGCGCGUUGAGAUUGAACGCAUCAUCUCCUGUACGUCGCAUUCCUUCAUCGUCCGAUAUGUCCCCCAUCGUACCCCUGACCGUCUCUGACCCACGUUCGCUCGGCUUCCGCUCAACCCACAGGCCUCGGUCGAAGGAGGUUCCCUCGUCAAGGAAUCCGAUUUCUGCGUUCUCGAGGAUGAAUUCGAUGCAGGUAUGUUCCCUGAAUCCCUCCCUUCUAAAAUAAAACAUGAGACCGACGAGCUCAACAUUUUUUAUAUUUUUUUCGGACCCUACAGAAGGCGUCUACGUCGAUCUACUCGACAACCCCGAACGUUUCACAGGUUACGCCGGCCCUUCUUCUUCCCGUGUUUGGAAAGCGAUCUACGAGGAGAAUUGCUUCACGCCCGUUACUUUUAUAGACCCUUCCCGACCCGAAUCAGAAGGCGGGUCGGGCUUUGCCUCUCUUUCCUCCACCUCUUUACAAGGAGGCGCAAUGAUGGGCUUACCUAGUCUGUCGAUGGGUUCGACUGACGGUGGUGGAUGGGGGGAGAAUGAGAAAAAGUUCUUCGGGUCGUUGGCGGGUCCCAGGGAUGGUGGUGAUGAGACAUGUUUGGAAAAGAGGGUAUUUUAUAGGGUCAUUUCAGGUAAGUUGACCCACGGAUAAAGUGCCUUCCCUAGACUGUCGAUCCUUACGUCGUACUCGUCUGCUUGGGCUCCUUACAGGUCUUCAUGCCUCGAUCUCAAUUCAUAUCUGCGAUGAUUAUCUCGAUAAAUCAACCGGCCAAUGGGUACGUCGGAGCAAGCACUGACCCCCCCCCCCCCCCUCUCCCUUCCCCUUCCCCGUACUCACUCCUUCCCAUUCCCCUGCCCAGGCCCCCAAUCUACAAUGUUUCGUCACCCGCAUCGCUCAACAUCCCGAACGACUUCAAAACGUUUACUUCACCUACGUCCUCUUACUGCGCGCCCUUUCCAAAUCGGGACCUUUCCUCUUGGACACUCUGAAGAAUACGGAGGCCGAACCGGCUACGAUCGGCAGGAUGAAGGGUUUGAUCAAGAGUGCGACGGGGUGUCCGACCACGUUCGAUGAAGGUUCGAUGUUCACGGGCGUAGAGGCGGAGGUCAGUUUAUUACGGGCCGUGAUUUUCGAUUCGAUGGUAGAAAGGGAAUCUGGACUGAUUUUUUGAAUUUUUCUUUUCUUCUCGCUGGGGAUUGAUCACGUCGAACCUAUAAAGGUACUCAAAAGUGAAUUCAAAUCUCACUUCCGUAACGUUUCCCGAAUCAUGGAUUGCGUAGGCUGCGACAAGUGUCGUCUCUGGGGUAAACUUCAAAUCACCGGUUUGGGAACGGCGUUGAAACUCCUCUUUUCAGCCCAAGAACAAACACCAACAACAACGACGACGAACCAAGUCGAUCUCUCGAGGAGUGAGGUCGUAGCGUUUGUGAAUACUUUGCAUCGGUUGAGUGAGAGUUUGGCGGCGGUGGAGAAGUUUAGAGGGUUGUGGAAUGAGAGGAGUUUCGAGGAGCGGGAAAGGGUUGAGAAGAGGGCGGAGGAGGGGAAACAGGAGGAGGAAAAGGGGGUGAAAGCGAUGGGGAGAGGGGUAAGGAGAGGGAAGGGACAGGUUAAGGAAGGGAAGGAAGAUGUACGGAUAGAAAAAGAGUUGGAGGAGAGGGAGGAGGUCGAACCGGUUUCGGAGAAGGAGGAAACGACGAGGUCGGCGGGUAAGAGCGAGUUGUAG